AUGGCUGACCAGAAUAACCUAACAGUAUUUUGAAUUUUAAAUAUAAUCAAAUAUGACAUAGAGCUAGUUCUUUUAAUAAUGAAAAAUUCAGAUUUCUAUCCGCUAUAUUUUUGUUUGUUGGGAACAACUCAGCUCUGCCUAGUUUAUGGGAAGUCUGAAUUUAUAGAAGCUGCCUUUGAGUAGCGCUCUAAGCGCCCGAGACUUCCCGACGAAGUCUGGGCGGUGGUUUGACCAGCUGAUGUUGGUCAAACCAGCAUCCAAUUUGACAAACCUUCUGUAUGAGAAGAAUUUGUCAUUUUGGAUGCUGGUUUGACCAACAUCAGCUGGUCAAACCACCGCCCAGACUUCGUCGGGAAGUCUCGGACGCUUAGAGCGCUACUCAAAGGCAGCCUCUAUAUCAAGGAUGCUCCAUACAUGUUAAUUUACAGUCCGACAAUGAUUUAUCUAGCUAUUGAACUACUCUAUUCUAUAUAUAUUCUUAUCAGGUCAGAUGAUAUGAGUUCAAAUGCAGCUCUAGCGCAUUUAGUUCAUUUUGCAACCCUUGGUCUAGCAUUGACGUCUCUGACGUUAUAUAUAGAAAGUCUAGAUUCCGAGUUUGAUUCAAUCGGCCCAGCUCUGAUUCCAUUAUUUAUUAUUCUAGUAUUGCAUAGUUCUUGCCGAGUUUUGCAAGAACCACCACCAUUGUUAGCACCUAUAUUGAAUGUGCUAGCCCCUGCUAUGACAGUAUGCACCAUAAAUGGUACUUGCAGCUCUAUGUAUAUAUCAAUUUUUUCGUCAAUUUUUAGUGCUUUUGGAGCUUCACUGGCAGAUUUGGUUGCUAUUCUCCAUCCUUUAACAUAUUUGCUAUUAUUUUUGACGGCUUUAUCAUUAUAUUAUGCAAAGCACUCUGUUAAAUAUCCGCCAUUUAUAUUAGGGGUAAUAUCUAGUAUAUUGAUUUUAGUUGGACAGCUCUACAAUAUAUUUAUUAUUGUUCUGAUAUCUAAUGCAAUGCUAGUCGCAUCAGUUCUGUGGAACAAUAAAGUUCUUAAGCAGAUUGCUCUUAAAGGUGUUUAA